AUGGUGAUGCUAAACAGCAAAAGGAAAGGCAUAAUUAAAAACAACUACAGACAUGUGAAUCUAACAAAGGAGUUCAUUAGAGACACCUCUGACUUAUUACAGAAAAUUGAAUGUCUGGAGAUACCCGAUAAUUGUAUCAUAGCAUCUUUUGAUGUAGUGAGCCUCUACACCUCCAUCCAGCAUGAUGGGGGUGUGGAGUCAGUGACUAGGAGUUUGAUGCCUGCUUUCCUGGGUUAUUUAAACAGCAGACUAUCGGACAUCAGUUUUACCCUGACACAUUCAUCCCAAUCGGUCAGCUUCCUAGACGUUUUGGUGACAGUAGAAAAUGGACAUUUAACAACUGACUUAUUUACCAAGGACACGGACAGGAAUACCAUACUCAGACAAAGAGGAUAUCCACAUGAACUUUUAGAGAGACAGAGACGGAGAGUGACAAUUGGCAGAGACGGACAAGGACCUAUAAGGACACAAAGCAGACGGAUAGCAUUUGUAAGUACAUAUAAUGACCUGUCACCAAUGAUAGCAAAAGUUUUGCGCAAGCAUUGGCAUUUACUAAGUGGAUAUGAGAAUGUCCCUGAAUUUGUUCUUCCUCCUUUGAUGUCAUAUAGGAGGACAACAAAUCUCAGAGACAAACUCGUGGUGGCUGAUAUUUCAAAAAAGACUGGGGGAACACAAAAAUACAUCUCGGUGGACAGAAAGGGUUGCUUUCCGUGUAGAGUGUGUGUCAACUGUAAAUAUCUAGUGAAAGGUGAAAAAUUCCAACACCCUAUUACACACCUUGAGUAUCCUAUCAGUGUACUAAUGUGGAGACUUCCUCGCUCACCGGAUAGUACAGUGGAAGAUAUGUAUUUAUGAUGUAAUAUUGCUC